CCAUCCUCCUUCUGCCCCUCCUUCUUCCCCUUCUUUAUAUGCUACAGGUCGGUGUGAUUUCUACAAGGGGAAACAAAGAUUUAUGUCAUCCAGCCACUGUAUGGUUGUCCAAAAAGGAAGUCCCAUCAUAUCACUAAUUAACCGCAGGCUUCGUUCUCUUGUGGAGUUCGGCCUCUAUGAACACUGGCUCUUCUCAACUUUACGUCACAGUAGAAUAUGUCGAUUUGCUCCCUCCAAGAUCACUGUUAGGACCUCUCUUGCCUUCAGCAACCUAUGGGGUAUGUUUGUGCUGCUGGGUGCUGGUCUCCAAUUGGCUACCCUUGUGUUCUGCCUGGAGGUGGUGGUCGGCAGGAGGAAGAGCUCACCAAGGACUCACACACUCAGCUCUAAGCUCUAGUAAUGGAGUUCGGGAAGUAACAAGAAGUAACACCAAGUUUAGCUCUAAGUUUGAGAGGUUUAUGUUGAAGUGGUAUUUCAAGAUCGACUCUUAAGUUCAUAUAAUAGAUCAUGUUCAGCUAAAAGUUCAUAAGGAAGAUCAGAAGCUCUAAGUUCAAUAAAUUUACAUACUAAGUGCGUCAUUAAGCUCUAAGAAUGUCAAUCAGUAGUAAUGACUGACUAGCUGGCUAACAGAACUUUGAACCCAAUUCUCAUGGUUCUGGAUCAAAACAGUCUGAUUCUAGUGUAAUUGUAUGUGCUGAACUCAAUUAU